UGUUUGCUCCACACUUUCUUUGAGUCCAGACUCUAGAAAAUAACCUAAAAAUGAGCGGAAGAGGCAAAACCGGAGGCAAAGCUCGCGCCAAGGCAAAGACCCGCUCCUCUCGGGCCGGGCUCCAGUUCCCAGUCGGCCGUGUUCACAGGCUGCUGCGCAAAGGCAACUAUGCGGAGCGUGUCGGUGCCGGAGCCCCCGUCUACCUGGCGGCUGUGCUGGAGUACCUGACCGCUGAGAUCCUGGAGCUGGCUGGAAACGCUGCCCGCGACAACAAGAAGACCAGGAUCAUCCCCCGUCACCUGCAGCUGGCUGUCCGCAACGACGAGGAGCUCAACAAGCUGCUGGGCGGAGUGACCAUCGCUCAGGGUGGCGUGUUGCCCAACAUCCAGGCUGUGCUGCUGCCCAAGAAGACCGAGAAGCCCGCCAAGAAGUAAACCUGGAGACCUGCUGACUGCUGGAAACCAACCAAAGGCUCUUUUAAGAGCCAAACACUCCUCAUAAAGACCAGACGUCCUCAUGUCUGAUACACUGUCGUUAACUCACAAAUUAUAUUUAGUAUGUAAACAAAAUGUUUAAUAUUGCAAUAAAUCUACAAUAUAUGUGAACUGCA